AUGCACUCCAAAAAGAAACCAUCUUCGAUAUUACCUGCUUGCUUGCUCACCAAAACUUCAUUCACUGUCGAUGAUCACAACCCAUCCAACGCCCACGAUGAUAUCGGAGGACAACAAGAAUCGCCCAGAUACACGGAGUCACCAACAAACCUCCGUGGGACCUCAAGGUUCUUCGUUCAAACAGGCGCGUCGAGAUCACUCGCCGAUGAAGCUCGAAGAAGCGCGCGCCAACCCGACCAGGAACAUGGAAGAGAAGCAGGACAGGAUGUUCAACUCCGUGGGAACAGCGGCGCAGAAGGCGUCAAACUCCCCGGGGCUUCCCUCGCCGUUGUGCAGUACUCGCUGGAGCCUUACACGGAGUUCCGACGGUCCAUGAUGGAGAUGGUGGGGUCUAGAUUAGAGCGUAAUCUCACCGUAGAUUGGGAUUACUUGGAAAAGCUUGUGCUUUGUUACUUGGAGCUUAACGAGAAGAGCUGCCGGGAGUAUAUAAUAAGCGCAUUUUCCCAUUUGCUUGUAGAGUUGCUUGGAUGA